AUGGAAGAGCCCGGAUCUCAAUCCAAACAAGAUCCACACGCCCAGCAUGUCGAGCCCAACUUUGUCGCCACCGCUUCUACUGAGGCUCGAAGCGACUCAGGGCCUCCAGAGCACAGCUCUACCGUGAGGGAAGCGCUUGGUGAUAAGAAGUCCGAACGCAGCGUUAGCCGGGGCAGGUCGCACGUUGACAAAUCUAUCGAAGCUACCGUUAAGAAACCUGAGACUGGUGGUAUCGCUAGGAGUCGCAAAGCCAGUCACAUUAUGGGUAUCUGGGAUCCUCAAGCAGAUCAAAAGCGGCUUGACCACCGCCAGCUGGAUGAGGUUGGUGAAGUCUCCUUGUCUCCACCAAGACCUCUCAGCUCUGGUGGGAGUCGUCUGCCUUCGUCACAGGGCUCUCGUCCUAUCUCGCCUUCAACCGUACCCAAGCGCGGUACCUCCUCCGUCUCGCCACCUCCCAGUCCCCUACUACCUGCGGAUGCCACUCUGGCUCGCCAUGCCUUCCAAACCAAAUCCACAUCCCCCUUUCGCCAGGCAAAGGCUUCAGAGCAAACUCAGCAACACCCUGUUCCUAAAAUUCCGGCAGACCUUCUUGAUGAUAUCAAGCAUCAACGCUUCCGACUAUCAGAAACCCCACCAGUCCGAAGUCCAGAACCCAUGUCUGAAUCUCCUCGCCACGUACGCCGAGCCGACGGACGGGAACGACCGCAACAAGAGGAGGUCACCGUUCAACCAGAGCAUGAAGAGGAGGAGCAUAUCUCUGCAGCCGUCUACUAUCCACAUCCAGGCCCUACGGCAGAAGAAAUUGAGAGGUUCAAAUCGCCCGGUGACUCUCCAGACAUUGAUCCCUUGGACCAAAGACUUUCUCCAACUGUGGGAAGGACUACGCUGGCGCCCGCGGAGCAGCGGAGCCAAGAGCAAGAUCGUUUGCCCGAUCACAUUGACAUAUCUGUGGUUUCCAAGCAUGACAAGAAGGUUUUCCAUGGAGAAUAUCAGCCAAGUGAACAAUCCGUCGACGAAGCUGCAACACCUAAGCUGGUCCCUGUUCAGGAGCCAAACGUGAUCAGUACUUCAGAGUCAGAGCUCGAGUCUGGAGAUGAGUACGGCCAGCAAAGUCAUGCCGAAGAUCUCGCCAGAACCCCGACACAGCCACGAAGUCCUACCCGAAGAAGGGCUGGAACAGUGGCAAAGCCUAAGAACAAGGUUGUUCUCGAACCAUACAAUCACCAAGUUGGUGGUCACUCUACAAUCUUCCGCUUCUCGAAGCGUGCCGUUUGCAAGCAGCUCAACAAUCGCGAAAACGAGUUCUAUGAGCGAAUCGAGCAACGGCAUCCAGACAUGCUCAAAUUUCUACCCAUGUACAUUGGCGUAUUGAAUGUAACCUUCUCAAAAGGUCCCAAGCAAGAUCCUAGCGAUGUGAAGAACACGGACGAGAACCCUGCUGCUCCUGAUGAUCAGACAGUUGAAGCGAAAGAUGCUUUACGGCGUUCGAUCAGUGUCAAUAGUGAUUCACAACCGCGUGUCGUGAGCCACUCCCAGAAAUUUGACUCUAUCCCACAGGUCCUCAUCGCCCAGAACAGGCAUAUCAUUCCUUCGACUUACUUCGACCUUCCUGAACGUCCAAGGAGUGCUGACCCUAACCAUGGUCGGAAGAAAAGUACAGAUUUGAGGAUGACCAAUGCUUCUCCUGAGGCCAAUGGCGCCAAUGGCACGUCUGAUCGUCCAAGUAUGCAUGAGCAUACCCCAAGUUGGGGCAAUACCACCAUCAACCAAGAAUUUCGAUCCAAAAUCUUGAAUGAAGUGUUCGGCCAGCCAGUAGUUCAGGACAGACGCCAUGGCCACCACUCAACGCAUCCAAGAGUGAAAAAAGUUGCCCCAAGGAGGAAGAGCAGUCUCUCCAUACAGGCCAAACCUCCAAAGUCUCGAUCGAGCAAUGGUGCCGGACCUUCGAAUACCGGCUUCAACGGCAUAGAGUCUGUGGCAGAGGACGAGGGAGUCCUCGAUCACUUCUCCUCUUCUACGUCUGCCUUCGAUGAUCUGCAGGCCCUCGAUCGUGUCCGGACUGCAGGUAGCGCAGACUCCAAUGACUCAAACAACAAGUAUCACAUCAAGCGUCGACAUUCUGGCUUGGGUCUACGGCGUCACAGGGACUCAGUCAACGGCACUGACAAUCCGCCGUUGCAGUACAUCGCAGAUGCUGCCUACGUAGAUCACGACCUACCAGGAGACGUCUUCGCUAUGGACGAAGAUAAAGAGGUGAAGAAAGACAGCCAUCUCCAGGUACCGACUGUCAAUGGGUCGCGCUCCAAGCAUUCGUCAGAGGAGUCGGCGCGGUCGGAUAGAUCGCCACAUCUGGCGCCAGCCAUCAACCAUUUACCGUCGAACCCUAAAGAAGCCCAAGCAAUCAGCAAAUCUGGUGAUCGAGUUGCAUUUUUUAUACUGCUUGAGGAUCUCACCAGCGGAAUGGGCCGACCUUGUGUGCUGGACCUCAAAAUGGGCACCAGGCAGUACGGAAUCGAAGCAACCAAGAAGAAGAAGGAGUCGCAGCAGAGAAAGUGCAAGACGACUACAUCUCGACAGCUGGGCGUACGAGUGUGUGGUAUGCAGACAUUUGACAAGAAGAACAAAAAGGCAUCGUACGAGGACAAGUACUUUGGUCGCGAUCUCAAGGCUGGUCCGCAAUUCCGCGACGCUUUGACCCGAUUCUUAUACGAUGGGAUCAGUUACAGCAGUGUGGCUCGCCACAUUCCACCGAUACUGCAGAAGAUCUCGAGGCUCGAGAACAUGGUACGUCGCCUUCCAGGCUACCGCUUUUACGCAAGCAGCUUGCUCAUGCUGUACGAUGCGGAACCGGAAAAAUCACGUGAAGCAACCGAUGCAGCGAAACAUGGCAUCGACAUCGCCAAGAAGAAGCAAAAGGAAGGCAAGCCAUGGCCGCCGCCAAUUCAGGUCAAGGUUGUCGACUUCGCGAACUGCAUUGUUGGCGAAGAUCCACUUCCGCCCAACACUCCUGCACCUCCAGGUCACCCCAAUGAUAUCGACCGUGGUUAUCUGCGAGGGCUUCGCACCCUCCGAGCAUACUUCGAGCAAAUUCUUGCAGACAUCAAACGUGAAGAUGUGGCCGAAAGAGAUCACAAUGAGACCGGGACUACGCCGGACAAACAUGACGAGAUCAGCAGAAGCCUGUCCAAGGGCACGAGAUUCAGUGUACCCGAAAUUAUGGGAGAUGAUGAAGAUGUUAGUGUAUAA